AUGAAAAUCGCCAGGGUUAAAAAUAAAAUGCCGGCAGAUGUGCAAAUCACAGCAGAACAGCUACUUCGAGAGGCUAAAGAAAGAGAACUGGAAGUGACUCCUAAAGCCCCUCAACAGAAGAUCACAAGCCUAUCCGAACUGCGGGAUUUCCAGUUGAGGAAGCGAAAAGACUAUGAAGACAAUAUUAGGAAAAAUCGGCUCGCUAUGCAGAACUGGAUUAAGUAUGCCAAGUUCGAAGAAAGUCAGGGCGAAAUUCAAAGAGCCCGAUCUGUGUUCGAGAGAGCUCUCGAUGUCGAUUACCGCAAUGUCGGACUGUGGCUCAAAUAUGCCGAAAUGGAAAUGCGAAACAAACAGAUUAACCAUGCACGCAAUUUGUGGGAUCGUGCUGUCGUUCUCAUGCCACGUGCUAAUCAGUUCUGGUAUAAAUACACUUACAUGGAAGAGAUGUUGGGCAAUAUUGCCGGUGCCAGACAGGUUUUCGAACGCUGGAUGGAAUGGCAACCGGAAGAACAAGCCUGGCAUGCAUACAUCAAUUUCGAACUGCGCUACAAGGAACUGAAUCAAGCGCGGCUUAUUUACGAACGAUAUAUCCUUUUACGUGAACGAUUUCGGUUGUUCGAACAUUUCAUUCAGAAAAAGCGGGCGCGCCAUUUCUAUUUCUCCCUGUCCACCACCACUACUAUUGGCCUUGACUUCAGUGCACUUGUUCUUGUUCAUCCAGAGCCCAAAAAUUGGGUUAAGUACGCCAAAUUCGAGGAACGUAAUGGUUUUAUCAACUCCUGUCGCCAAGUGUUUGAAAGGGCAGUGGAGUUCUUCGGGGCGGACAAUCCGGAGGCUCGACUUUUGAUUGAAUUUGCUCGAUUCGAAGAACGACAAAAGGAGCAUGACCGAGCCCGUGUUAUUUACAAGUAUGCGUUGGACAAUUUGCCAAAAGAGGAUUGCCAAGAAAUUUACAAGGCCUAUACACUUCACGAGAAAAAGUACGGGGAUAGACUGGCAAUCGAAGAUGUGAUCCUGAGCAAACGGAAAUUCCAAUAUGAAGAGGAAGUCCAAGCCAAUCCGCAUAACUACGAUGUUUGGUUCGACUAUGUGAGGCUAAUGGAGGAAGAAAGCUCGGUUGAACAGAGUCGAGAAAUCUACGAGCGCGCCGUAGCCAAUGUUCCGCCCAUAAAGGAAAAACGAUAUUGGAGACGGUACAUUUAUCUGUGGCUGAACUACGCAUUGUACGAGGAAUUAACAGUCGCGGAUAUGGAACGUGCUCGUCAGGUGUAUCGUUUUUGCCUGAAGCUUAUUCCACAUCGACGUUUCACUUUUGCCAAAAUGUGGUUGUAUGCUGCAAAAUUUGAAAUUCGCCAGAAAGCCCUUCAAGAUGCACGAAAAUUAUUGGGGACGGCCAUUGGCAUGUGCCCAAAGGAUAAAUUGUUUCGAGGAUAUAUAGAACUGGAGAUUCAGUUGCGCGAGUUCGAUCGAUGCCGAAAACUAUAUGAAAAGUUCUUGGAAUUUUCCCCGGAGAAUUGCACUACAUGGAUGCGGGUGUGGAUCAGUUUCGCCAACUUCGAACUGUGUGCUCACAACAAUAUUUCUAUCGAUGAUCUGGAUGAUGAAGAUGAGAAACGACUGAAAAGUGCGAACAUUGACAAAGAGUUUCUGGUUCGUGAGCACAACGAAAACGAAGUACGGAAAGCAAUCAUCCGUGCCAGAGCCAUCUACCGGGAGUCGAACGAGGCUUUGCGCAAUUGUGAUGACAAGGAACAGCGUGUUCGUUUAUUGGAAGCUUGGAAGGAAUUCGAAUUCGAAUACGGUGAUCAACAGACACAACGUGAUGUGAUGAGGCUUCAGCCGCAGAAGAUCAUACGUAGUCGACGCUUGGGAGACGAGCGAAGUGGAUGGGAAGAGUACGUGGAGUACAGUUUUCCGGACACAGAUGCCGACAAGCCGAAUCAGAAAUUGCUCAAUAUGGCUGCCAGAUGGGCAGAACAGAUGAAUCGUAAAAAGAAACUCGAGAACGAAAGUGAAGAAAGCAGUUCAGAGUCUUCUGAAGAAGAGGAUGAAGAAAAUGGUCUACAAGGCGAUGAGGACGAUGAUCGUGUUCUGGACGAGGACCAGCGGAAGAGGAAAAAUGCGAGCAAGAACGUCGAAGAAAUGGUGCUUCCCGAAGAGGAUGAUGAUGAUGCUGACGACGAGGAUGAAUAA